AUGAAUCCUCACUGUGGAGUGUUAGUUCAUAUCCUGUCCUCCUGGGUGGCCGGGGCCGGAGGAGCAUCACAUCUACCAAACUCACCAGCAUCACAUCUACCACACUCACCAGCAUCACAUCUACCACACUCACCAGCAUCACAUCUACCAAACUCACCAGCAUCACAUCUACCACACUCACCAGCAUCACAUCUACCACACUCACCAGCAUCACAUCUACCACACUCACCAGCAUCACAUCUACCACACUCACUCACCAGCAUCACAUCUACCACACUCACCAGCAUCACAUCUACCACACUCACCAGCAUCACAUCUACCACACUCACCAGCAUCACAUCUACCACACUCACCAGCAUCACAUCUACCACACUCACUCACCAGCAUCACAUCUACCACACUCACCAGCAUCACAUCUACCACACUCACCAGCAUCACAUCUACCACACUCACCAGCAUCACAUCUACCACACUCACCAGCAUCACAUCUACCACACUCACCAGCAUCACAUCUACCACGCUCACCAGCAUCACAUCUACCACACUCACCAGCAUCACAUCUACCACGCUCACCAGCAUCACAUCUACGAUACUCACCAGCAUCACAUCCACCACGCUCACCAGCAUCACAUCUACCACACUCACCAGCAUCACAUCUACCACACUCACCAGUAUCACAUCUACCACACUCACCAGCAUCACAUCCACCACACUCACCAGCAUCACAUGUACCACACUCACCAGCAUCACAUCUACCACGCUCACCAGCAUCACAUCUACCACACUCACCAGCAUCACAUCUACCACACUCACCAGCAUCACAUCUACCACACUCACCAGCAUCACAUCUACCACGCUCACCAGCAUCACAUCUACCACACUCACCAGCAUCACAUCUACCACGCUCACCAGCAUCACAUCUACCACGCUCACCAGCAUCACAUCUACCACGCUCACCAGAAUCACAUCUACGAUACUCACCAGCAUCACAUGUACCACACUCACCAGCAUCACAUCUACCCCACUCACUCACCAGCAUCACAUCUACCACACUCACCAGCAUCACAUCUACCACACUCACCAGCAUCACAUCUACCACUCACCAGCAUCACAUCUACCACACUCACCAGCAUCACAUCUACCACACUCACCAGCAUCACAUCUACCACACUCACCAGCAUCACAUCUACCACGCUCACCAGCAAGUGGAUCUGA